AUGGCGACAGCAAUGCUCCGGCCAGUGGAGGAGACUUUUGACAUUCACGAAGAUGCGCGAACAGAAGAAACAGAGGUCAUGGUGGACGAGGAUGACGUAGACGGCCAGGAUGCCACAACAGUUGGCGAGCCAGAGGUGGAGGAGGAGGCAGAAGAAGAGGAAGAAGAGAGCUCCGACGAGGAGCAGGUCGAAAGCAGUGUCCAAGCAGACAUGGAGAGGCUGCAGGAGGACUUCCCCGGAUUUCGAGAUCGGUAUCGGCUGAUCAAGCGUAUCGGAGAAGGCACAUUUUCUACCGUCUUCAAGGCUGAAGACAUCCACUACGACCGAUAUGACAACAGCUGGGAUCAUGAAGAUGACUUGUCCAAAUGGACUCCCCCUCCCCUCAAGGGACGCUCGAGUCGAUCACGGUCCCCACGGAAACGAGCGCGUUUCGUUGCCAUCAAGAAGAUCUACGUCACAUCCAGUCCUGCCCGAAUCCUCAACGAGCUUGAGCUGCUACACGACUUACGACAGUGUCCAUCUGUCUGCCCUCUCAUCACCGCGUUCCGCCAUACCGACCAGGUCGUUGCCAUUCUGCCUUAUUUCCGGCACGGCGACUUUCGAGCAUAUUUCAGGGAGAUGACGAUCCCCGACAUCGCCAUCUAUCUUCGAUCCCUCUUCACUGCUCUCAAGAGCGUACACGAGCACAAGAUACUACAUCGAGAUAUCAAGCCUACCAACUUCCUCUACGACCCUACAAGCCAACAUGGCGUGCUUGUGGACUUUGGCUUGGCUGAGCGAGAAGGCACCGAUAGCAAGCCAUGUCUCUGCCACGAAGCACGAGAAACGCGGAAGCAUCGACAGGCCGGCUCCGUCUGGGCGCAAACUUCCAUGAAUACCCAGCCGGGCUACCCCAAAUCAGACACACGCCCCUCCCGUCGUGCCAAUCGUGCAGGAACUCGAGGAUUCCGCGCCCCAGAAGUACUCUUCAAAUGCACGGAACAAACCACGGCCAUUGACAUCUGGUCUGCUGGCGUCAUUCUCCUUACCAUACUGUCGAAGCGGUUUCCCUUCUUCAACUCGGCCGAUGACGUCGAGGCAAUGAUUGAGAUUGCAACGAUAUUCGGGUCCAAGCGAAUGAAGGCGGCCGGACUACUGCACGGCUGCGUCUUUGAAACGACGAUACCCACAAUUGGCCAACAGGGCUUCACUAUGGAGAAGAUUAUCCUGUGGAGCACGUGCAGGGCAGAGGACAAACCGCUGACUCCCGAUGAGAAGCUGGCCAUUCGGUUCCUGGAACGGUGUAUGGAGUUAGACCCGAGCCGGCGCAUCACGGCGCAAGAGGCUCUGGACCAUGGAUUUUUGAAUAUGGGCAUGUCAUCACAAGAAACUGCCGACGAAGACGAGGUCGACAUGCUGCCGGCAUGA